AUGUCUCGUCAAGCGUCUCCACCGAAUUCCCCGUCAGCUUUAUCGGCGUUGAAUGUGAAAUUGGGAGUGAGCGAUGAUGAGAGCUCAGCAAAGAGGAAAAUCUCGCCACGGAGCCGUGUCCCGUCCUCAAUGCCGACGAGUCCAGCUAGUGGGCAACGGUUGGAUCCAUUUGAGGAUAUUCAAUCAAGUCACUCAUUGCUCACUGGAAGUCAAAAGCGAAAGAAGAGAUCGAUGUUGCAUAGUAAAAGCGCCUCACCGCCACCAACGCCAACGAGAUUGGGAGUGGAAAGUGGAGAAAAAGGAGCAGAAGUACAGAAAAGGUCAUUGUUCAGACAAUCAUCACAAGAAAAAAAACGAUCAGCAAUUUCGAAUGUGUCUGCCGUUUCUGCCACGUCGAUCGAAGAUGAAGGAUGGAUGUCAAGUCUUCGCGCAGCAAGGAGGCCAUUUCAAUCAGCUCAUCAAUCAUUUCGAUUGCGAAUGUUGCAAGAACAACAUGGCGGUUUUGAGCCGGUUUUUGUGACAAAGAAGCGAACUCGCGAGGGGAAAAGUAUGAUGUCAGAAUUCAAAGGAGGAGAUCUCAACAAAUAUACUGCGAGAAGUUACGCGAUUCAAAAUGGAAAUGAAGUGUUUGGCGGUGAGUUGAUCGAA